UAAACCACAUGACCACGUUUUCCUUGAAGAGAUCCAGCGAGCCCAUUUUAGAAUAAAUGCAGGCCGAGAGAUUCCUCAUUUAUUUAAACACUUCAUCAUCCGCUUCUCACAAUACAUACAAGAUCACGUUUUUUUUGUGUGUUCCCGUAAGCUCGCUGGCAACCGAGACGUGUUUUCGGUGAUGAUGACAUUGUGAUAGGUCGUCUCGGAGGGUGGAGAAAGAGAAGGUGCGCGCCGAACGACUUCCUACCGACCGCGUGUUUUUGUCACUGCGGUGAAUGAACAUGAGCAGCGGCAGGCUGUAUUCACGACUGCAAUCAUGUCGUUUUUAUUCCGGCGGUUUGAGAGCAACAUAUCACCGGACCCUGGACAAGAUCGAGUUAAAGCUGCCGCCUAAAUUAAGACCUCUCUACAAUCAUCCUGCUGGGCCAAAGACGGUUUUCUUCUGGGCGCCUGUUUUUAAAUGGGGUUUAGUCGUGGCUGGAUUCUCUGAUAUGACCCGGCCCCCAGAAAAACUCAGCGUCUCUCAGUCCUGCGUCAUUACAGCCACAGGAUUAAUUUGGUCGAGGUACUGCUUGGUGAUCAUCCCUAAGAACUGGGCUCUGUUUGCCGUGAACUUUUUCCUGGGCAUGUGUGGAAGCAUACAGCUCAUGAGAAUAUGGAGGUACAACCAACAACUCAAGCAGAAAGAAGAGGAAGUGCAGCAGUCUUGAAGUGCCACAAACUCUGACAAGCGGAGCGGUGAAGUUUUGCUCUGUUACUGUAAAAGCAAUGAAUCUGCAUUUUGCACACAUUCAGUCAUGUUAUAUAGAUCAAGCAAAUAUGCUCUGUCUGUGUAAAAUAGAGAUUUGUUUUUAAGAACUUCAUAAUCUUCAAACCGUUUUAUGAUGUAAAAUUGUGAUUAUAAUAUUGAUUGUAAUUCACAUGUUCUUGAUUGUAUGUUGUAGAGUGUGUGUGUCUUGUCUGAUCCACAGUUUAUAUAGAUUACUCAGUUUUAAGGGGGUCAUACCAUAAGAAUAAUAAAAAAAAAAAGUUAGUGCCUACGCUGUUAUAGGUGUUGCCUAGAUUGUAUGUUUUAUUUAGUGUGCCAAAACAGUCACUAUUAAAACACUGUCUGAACAACUAUUGAAAAAAUAGUUUCUAAUCUGUACAAUGAACACUAUAAAUUUUGUUAUUGUGCCUUUAUAUAUAAAAAACACACACUGUUUGUCGUUGGUAUAUCUAAUAUAGAUUUUUACUUUGACUAAGAUCAAAGUGAAUUGUUAUAUUAUGAAUAUUAAGCACUCAAUGUUUUUUUCGCAAUGUUUUUCUGUUAAGUAGUUAUUGUCUCUCAAAGCAUUGAGGCAUAAUUAGUUUCCUGAUAUGUCCCCCUUAAAAUCCAACAUAUUAACAGUCACUUGAUAAAACUAACAUUCUGUAGCACUGAAUGCUAAAUUGCCGUUGAUUUAUUUCGCAUUAGAUACUGAGAUCAGAUCAGACAAAGGUCGUACGUUGUCUCACUCGCAGGACCAGAUAGACUUUGCCCUUUAUAUGGGCAGGCACACAAUGAUAGAAUGUUAAUAUUAAUGUCAAUGUACACAUUUAUUAAAUGAAAGUCAAAAUAACGUGACUUGAUUCAUAGGACAAACUCA